CCUCCCCCCCUUCAGGCGCCAGGGGACGCGGGGAGGCCCGCCCGGCCCAGCGUGUCUAGCGCACCAAGGAGACAGCUCCUGCCGGCCACACGUACAUCCUUCUUGCCCUGAGAUUCCUGCUGAAAGCCAGAAGUCUCCCGGGCCUUUUGGACUUGCUCCAGCCUGAGCCUGAAAAUCACGCCCCCAGCUAACGAAGCAGCACCUGGGCUGUUCUUCGCUUUAGGGAGCUUGGAAGGAUUUUUUUUUAACUGGAGACCAUGGAUCUCUCAGCCAGUGAGCUCAGCAUUUAUGACAAACUCUUAGAGACCAUUAACUUGGUGAGGCAGACGGGGCACCAGUGUGGGAUGUCAGAAAAGGCGAUCGAGAAGUUUGUCAAACAGCUUCUGGAGAAGAAUGAACCUCAGAGAGAACCCCCACGACACUUCCUGCUAAUGAUUGCCCACAAGGGCCUGAUCACCUUGGGGUUAAUUUUGCUCGCCGCCUACUUUGCGAUUCAGCUGUACAGCCCUUUACCAACGGAAACCGCCCUCUCUGGAGCUCAGUCCUGGGGCUCCCUCAUCCGUCACAUCAGGCUCCUGUCUCUGCCCAUCGCAAAGAAGUACAUGCUUGAGAGGUGUCGAGACUGGUGGCUGCUCGAUUGCAGGCCCAACGGUUCGUCCGUCCCCGCCAACUGUUCCGGCUGCGCCUCCGUCACGGGCCUCCGGGUGCUGACUGAUAUGGGGCAUUUACCCGAGAAGCUGGAGAGGCUGCAGCCUCUGCUGAUCAAGACAGGACGGGCUCUGACGUCCGAGGAGCUGGAGCGCUUCCACUGCCGGUACCCAGAGCUGACAGAGGUUAUCGACGAAGGCGGGCCGGGCAGCUGGAGGGGUUGCUUCGCCCACCAGAGCUUUCCGUUUGCUUCCCCCCGGAGAAAACCUCUGAACGGAAUCAACAGGACAAGUAUUCUCCACGAGCUUUUCCCCAUUUUCACUUUCUUGCCAUUUCCAAAAGACAUCUCGGAGCUGACCUGUUUCCUCGGUCACCCCUCGGCGAAGGUGGGAAGCAAGACGCACAGACUGCAUGAUGUGUUUGUCGUCGGCAGCGGCCACGUCACCCUCAACAUCACGCCUUCUGUCGAGUGCAGAGAACACUGCAGGACUCUGACCAGGGAGCUCGAGCCUGGGGACGUCGCUACCCCGUGUUGGCCCCUCUCUUCUGGCAGUGUGUUUGGAAGCUCGCCCCGGGUUGUCCAGAACAAGGAGGGGGAGUCCAGGUGUCCACGGGAACGUCUCAGAGGGAUUGCCGGGAAUGGGACUGGGGAGGAGGGGAAGGACCGGGGAAGAGCAGAGAAUGAUCUGAACCCUGACGCCUCUUCAGGGUUGAAGUCCGGUAAGAGACUGGGAGAAAUCCCAGUGACCCAGAAGGCCGGGGCCGUUCCCGGAAGAACCUGAAUUCUGCUUCCCAAGGGCAGGCAAAGCUCUCCUCGGGGACGGGACUGCGUCCAGCUGGUUGCCCACGCUGCGGUCACUCGGCUACUGCUUGUGGACUCUGCACUUUGGCUGGGAGUGAGCGAAGAGCAAGAGCAGAUCUUUAUUAAGCACAGCCCCCCAUAGCCAAAGGGGACUCCGUGCCCCCUCUUGCCGCUCCUUCCUGUCUAGGGUCCAACAGCCAGAGUCCCAGCCAGCCCCCACCACCCAACGCCUGCCUCACCGGAGUGGCCAACUCCAGUCUUCCCGGAGGAGAAUUCCCCUGCCUUCUGGGUUUGGGGGGACCCUCGGUUGCUCUCCCUAGGACUUGGGGAAGCUGGGUUCUCCUCUACGUCGAGGAAACCGCACCUCCACUGAAUCUGAUCUUGGCCUGUGAGGAGAUGAGUCAGGCCGGUGUAUGGCACCAUUUUAAAAAAGGCGGGGAAGUCAAGUGAGCUGAAUGGUGACCCUAAGCCUCUUUAUCAGGCACUUGGAGCCCAAGACUUCUAGGGACCCAGAUGCCUUUCCCAUGAUCCUCCUGCUUGGCGUCACCCUGGCAAGACCCUCUGGGCCUUGUCAGAACCAGACUGACAAGGAGGUAAGGCUUCAGACCCGGGCCUGGGGCUCAAGCCAUAUCGACUAACGAUAAGCUGUGUAUUUUCUAGGAACGGGUAGCCGGAGAUUUCUCCGCUUCGCUUCAAUACAUCGACUCACCGGGUCAGAGCAUCAGAUAGUAAAUACGUAAUUCCAAAUCGGGGUCGAGUAGACCGGGCACUUGGGUCUUGACAGAGAUCCUUUUUGAGCUGCUGAUUCUGGCCAGUGGAAUUGGGCUCGGGCUUCCUCGGAGGCAGUGAGGUCAGUGGCAGGGCAUUAGGAGUGGCAGAGGUAGCCAUGGGAGAGGACAGCCUCGGGGUAGUUGACAGCCGACGAGCGGCCCUUUUUGCGAUCCGGUCAGAGAGCGGAUUGCCGACCGGGGCGUACCCCGAAUAAAUCAAAUCUCAGGCAUUUCUUUCCCCUGC